AUGUGUAAGUUUCACGGAUCACUGGCACGUGUCGGUAAAGUGAGAGGACAAACACCAAAGGUGGCCAAGCAGGACAAGAAGAAGAAGCCUCGUAGCCGUGCUCACGAGCGGAUGCAAUACAACCACCGCUUCGUCAUCGCCAUUGAUGGCUUUGGAAAGAAGAGGGGACCAAACUCAUCAGAGAAGUAAACUGGAGAUGCCAGUAUCUUUUAUCGUUCAAAAUGAAUUUGCCA